CUUUUUUUUCUCCUGCAGUGCAUCUUUGGAUCAGUUCUUGGGCAUCAUGAAGGUUGCGUCUUUUAACGUCCAGAAAUUUGGAAAGUCUAAACUCUCUGACCCAGCCGUGCUGCAAACCCUGGUUAAGAUUGUGUCACGCUAUGACAUCAUCGUUAUUCUUGAGGUAGUGGAUUCAAAAGGACGAGCGAUGGAUAAUUUCCUCAAAGAGCUGAAUAAGUUCGACAAGAAAGCUCAUUACACCAUGGAGCUCAGCACACGCCUGGGAAGAGGAAACUACAAAGAGCAGUUCAUGUUCCUGUACAGGGAGGACGUGGUGGAACUGGUUGCGUCCUACCAAUACAAAGAUGAUCAGCCUGGAGAUGAAGAUGCUUUUGCCAGAGAACCGUAUAUUCUGCGUUUCAAAUGUCCUAAUGCAGUUUUGGAGGAUUUGGUGCUGAUGCCCGUCCACACCAAGCCUGAAGAUUCAGUGAAGGAAAUUGACGAACUCUAUGACGUGUUUCAGGACGUUAAGACGAAAUGGAAAACUGAUAACAUCAUGAUUUUGGGAGACUUCAAUGCGGACGGGAGUUACGUGUCUGAUAAAAAAAUGAAACAAAUCCGCAUCCGAAGUGACCCAGAAUUCCAUUGGCUGAUCAGUGACGAUGAAGACACCACAGCCAGCACACACAACGACAACACUUACGAUCGGAUUGUUAUUUAUGGAGACGAUAUGAUGCAAGCUGUUGUUCCAGGCUCUGCGAAACCGUUCAACUUUCAGACUGCCUUCGGCUUGACAGAGGAAGAUGCACUAAAAGUGAGUGACCACUAUCCAGUAGAGGUGGAGCUCAAGGACAAAUCGAAGAAACGCAAAACUAAAUGAAGAUCCAAGAGGACAUGAAACGUGUGAAUGAUUAACAACAUAACGGAUCACUUGUUUGGAUGUUACACAGCUGUUUUAUCAUGAUGUUUCACAAUCAUUAAUUAAAACUUCUGAAAUUGAAA